AUGGACAAUCACUCAUGCACUGUGGUGACAACAAGGCAUUCGGGUGGAUCCUAUCUCAACUCUGUGGAACUAAUGAAUGGUUGCCUCUCUGUGGCACACAGCAAUUGCUUUAUACCGUCAACACUUGGUGGACCAGUUGAAGAUGAAAAUGGGAUAAAUACCGAACAACUCAAACGUAAUCUAGAUUUGGCAGCAGAUGUGUAUAUUUCCAGCGUUAAUGGUGCUCCAUGUUGUGGCACAACAGUUCAGUUAUGUAAAGGAAACCGACGUGAUUGCGCGCAGAAAUUAUUGGGAAGAAGGCAAAAACUUUUGACAUUCUUGCACGGAAAGGUGAUCGAAAAACAAAAGCUUUUGAAAGAUGAGCCUGAUAUAUUCCACUAUUUUAGAAAGGUUUGGGAUGUUUGCAAUAAUCACAUGGUACAAUCAAUCCCAAAGCAAUAUGCAUUUAUGUUAUUGCCUUGUUUUAAAGAUGGGUGCAUCCAUCCGCUGUGCAAAACAGGAAAACCAGCCAUUGAACCACAUUGCACGUGGUUUCCAAAUGGCCCCCCUCUAUCGUAUUUUCCACUACCCAUUCCUGAUGUCGAUCGACCUUGGGGUGGCGAUUGUACCAGCUGUUCGGGUUUUUGUGCAGGACAUUAUAAGAAACCAGAAGAUGCGUGGAAGAGUUAUCAGGAGAAAAGCAAGACAAUCUGCCAAAUUAAGCCUCCAUUAGUGACGUUACUAGAACGUUUUGACGAGAGUGUGAAGAAAGGGUUUGAUUUGCUCGGAGAUGAAAAUAGGAUCAACGAACUUGCAAAACAGAUGUUGUUGACUCCAAAUGAGGUGAAAAUGUGGCUAAAACAUCUAAAAGCAAUUAAAUUAAGGAGGAAAGAGGGAGCGAAAAAAGCGGCUGCGACGAGAGCUGCUAAAAAAGGUAUAAACUUUUUUUUCUAAUUUGUAUUGUUUACACAAUCAACUAAUAUUAGGUAUUAUUUAUCUUAUAGCCUUACAUGCAAAAAAUAACUCGGCAACACCUGCAAAUGACAGAGAAUCUUCGGCAGCAAAUUGUCCAUGCGGUCUGCCUGACAAUGAAGACAAUAUGAUUGCUUGUGAAAAUCCAAAGUGUGAUGUUGAGUGGUAUCACAUUUCUUGUGUUGGGCUCGAUGAACUGGGGAAUACAGAUUUAGAGAAUUUGGAGUGGUAUUGUCCAGCAUGUGAUCAUGAAGGUAUGUCUGAGUCAUGUAAUGAUUCUACCGUAGUACCUUUAUUUAGGGCAUCAUAUACCUUGCGUUGUUAUUGUAGCUUUUUUAUUUGGUAUACUGUACAGUACUAGUCUUUGAAACAAUUUCAUAUUUACAGUAAAUAUGUAUAUAAUUAGCUCUCUCUAUGUAUGUAAUUAGAUCUCUGCAUUUCAAUGCUAACAGAUAACGAAUCCUCAAACGACUCAGACAAGGAAGACAGCUGUCACUGCGGGAGACCAAACAGUGUGGAGGAAAUGAUUGGGUGCGAUGGUGAUGAUUGUGAGAUAAAAUGGUACCAUUUCAGUUGUGCUGGAUUAACUGCAGAAACAGUUCCAGAUGGACAAUGGUUGUGUCCAAUGUGUUCAAACAUGCUAACCAGCUAA